ACCGCUUGUAUUGCUUUCAGUUUUGAGCUUGUUGGUUUGAUCGUACAAUUAGUUUAUUUUUCAUACUUAGUCUAGUGAAAAUUCAAAUAUCGGCAGCAGCUUGAUGCCGUCAAUGCGAAUAAAGUGAGAUGCGACAAAGUCGGCGCACUCCGCUCAAGUUGUGAAGGACGCAAUUUAAACCACUGUGAAAUCAGGGUCCUGCAUCCCUAUUCCAACCAAGGUGCUUAUAUAAAUAUAUAACAGGAAAUAUUGUCAAUUUAACCAUGUCAUCGAAACGCAAAUCGGAGCCUGUGAAAAAAACAGCGAAACGAACUAAGAAAAAGGUUGACGAAGAUUACAGUUCUGACUUGAGUGAUGAUUAUAAGGCUGAUGAUGUUCAAGUAGCGGAAGUUAUUAUUCCAUCUGAUGAUCUCAAUCAUAACGAACAACUGCCAGAGGAGUUAUUAAAAACUUAUGACAAAGAACCAGGAAGACUAAUGAUCGCUGGAAUGAUCACUUGGGACAUGACUGGACGAAAGGCACCAGCAAAAGGAGUAACGAAAAUUCGCCCGAAUCUCUAUACGUUUCAAAGAUUUACUUCAGAAAUGUAUCGUUCAGCUAUUAGCGGCAGUAGUUCGGCUCAUUCUGUGCUUAUAAACAUGGACAGGAAAGCUUUGACAUUUGGCCGCAAUCAAUUCGGCCAGCUGGGUCAAGCAGAUUUAAAAACAUUAGAAAAGCCUACACUUGUACCAGGCUUAGAAAAUAUGAAUAUAAUUCAGGCAGCAUGUGGACGAAAUCAUACUUUAUUUUUAACGGACACAGGAACAGUGUAUGCUUGUGGUGAUAAUAAAAAUGGUCAAUGUGGUGUUGGUAAUACUCAACCAAUAAUGUCAAAAGUUACACGUUUAAAUUAUUCUGGACCACAAUUAAUCAAAAUUGGAUGUGGAGCUGAUUUUUCCAUGGUACUUGACAUCAAAGGAAAUCUUUAUUCGUUUGGACUACCGGAAUAUGGUCAACUUGGCCACAAUACUGAUGGAAAAUAUUUUGUAACAUCGACUAAAAUGUCAUUCCAUUUUGAAACAUCACCGAAAAAGGUUAUGCUUUACGUUGAAAAAUCCAAGGAAGGACAUGUUUUGCCACUCGAUGACGUGAAGAUAGUCGAUUUCUCGUGCGGCUACAAUCAUACGGUGGCCAUUGAUGCGAAGAACCGAGCUUUUAGUUGGGGAUUUGGUGGCAUUGGGCGUCUCGGACACGCUGAACAAAAGGAUGAAAUGGUUCCAAGGCUUAUAAAAUUCUUCGACAUUCAAAAUCGAAAAGUUUUGCGCGUAUUCUGUGGCUGCUCCUACAGUCUUGCUGUUACAGAUAUUGGAACUUUAUACAUGUUUGGCCAAAACAAGAAAACUGGAGAGGCAAACAUGUACCCUAAACCAGUUCAAGAUCUAGCCGGAUGGAACAUAACCAGCAUUGGUACUGGUAAUACUUCAAUAGUUAUUUCCGCAGAUGAUUCGCUGAUCGCAUGGGGAGCAUCUCCGACAUACGGUGAAUUGGGUUUGGGUGAUUUACAAAAAUCGUCAUCAACUCCAAAAACGGUUUCGCGAAUGGAAGGCAUGAAGAUACCGCAAGUUUCUAUGGGCUAUUCUCAUACGUUGUUGCUUGCAAAUGUGGAGCACGAGCUAACUAAGCAGAAGUACGAUACAUUCCAGGAAUUCAAUGUGGAUUGAAAUAGUUUAAUUAUAUAAAUUUAAAAUAAGUGUCUGACUUAUCAUUCGUCAUUAUUUUCUAAUAACAGUUUUAAUUCAUUUUAUUGUGUAUACACUUCA